GCCCGAGUCGCGAGGUGCACGCUGUGGCACAGAUCGCGGCGCACGCAGAUCGAACAUCUGAAGCGCACGAUCCGGUCGGCAGCGUCUCGGGCACCUGGGAUGCUCGACUUUCACCGCCACUGAUCCCCGCUCAAACUAGGAGAAUGCUCAAUGUCAGGAGCCGCCUGGUGAUCCUAACCCUCCUAUCCCUCUGGAGCGGCUGCUUUGCCACAGCGCGCCGGCGGCGAACGAAAGAUGUUCCUGAGGCAUGCAUGAACGAAGGCGUCCGAGUAAGCGAGUGCAGAGCGUCAUUCAUCACAGAUCUCGAAAUGAUGCACUCGGCGAACCCGAACAACCCGCCUACGAACUGCACGCUAUACUCCAAGUUGGAAUGUUGCAUGGUCACCGAGUAUGGAGCGCUGGGAUGUGGCGACAAAGAAGUCAUUAACAAGGCCAUAUCUUUUGCUGUGAAGGACCACCAGAGUUACGAAAAUUGCCCUAAAGGACUUUGUGAUCCGGCUUCAGUGAAUGGCAGCUUCAAGAUCAUGCGCGACAUGGACGAAAACCUGCAUGGUCGCGAUGCCGUCUCUGGUUUGAUCAGCUCGCACAAGAGAAAAGUCAAACGAGAUGUUAGCGCUGCGAUGGAAGCGCAGGCACCUGAUGCAAGCAGCGAAGCCAGCAAAAGCUACGUGGAAGAGCACCUUAAGGCUCCCAAGCACAAGGGGAAAAAGAAAGGACACAAACGAAGCCACAAAGGAAAAAAGAGCAAGAAGCCAAAGCUCACCGCUGAUGAUAUCUCGAAUUCAGUCAUCAAUCCGGACCACAAUAAAGGAGAUGCAAGCAUCGUGGCCGUCACAGCCAAAGCUCACGACGAAGCAAGUUCCUUGUCUCCAGCUAAUGUCAAAGAAGUCGGCCACGACAAAGAAAACAUCAGCUCGAGAACAAGUGCUCUAGAAAGCAAGAACAGCACGGACGUGCCCAAGAAAAGCGAAGCCAUUAACUCAUCAGCAGUAGCUAGUACUCCACCCCCUGCACCAGCUGCAGUUGCACCGGUCAAAAACGGCACCGCAACAAACGCUAGUGGUCUGGAAAAUGUGGCUGUCACCGGUGGAGCCGGCGGUCACGAUGCACUGGCAAAUCUGAAAGUCCCUAUCAGCAUUGAGAUUGUCAAAAACAUUUCCCUGUCCGACAUUGGAAGGACUUCCAAGAAAUCUCAUCGCCGGAGAAGGCAUCACAAAAAUAAGCCCUCAAAGGCAGCACUGAAUUCAGAAACUACUAAAGGACUGCCAGAAGUUGGCAAGACACACGCAAAUGACACCACACCUUCGAAACUGCACGUGGUUUCUAACAUUGGAGGCGAAGCGUCCCUUGCCCACAGCGAAGGAGUUCCUUUGGAUGCUCACCAGUCAACCGUAGCCAAAUCUAAUAAGGAACAGCCACCAUCGGGUGCAUCUGAAACGCCUGGUCAUGGCCGAGAGAAGCUGGAAGUGAAAGGUGGUAUCGCUGUGGAUUCGUCUCCUAUUACAAGCGUGAACAAAAGCAUCGCUGAGGGCUCUCAUCCUUCCAGUAGUGUCGUAGCAAGCGGAGCAGAGGCAAAGGUAGAUUCAGGCAAGCAAGGCUCAUCAGGCGAGACUGCUGCAGACAAGUCGGUCGUUCCAAGCGGCGCGGUCGGUAACCAAACGAAAAAUGACAAGCCGCUCGCCGAGAAAAGGCACAACGAAGAGGCUAACGCUCGCGCAGGAUCUGAGGGAAAGAAGUCGGAAAUAAUAAGCAAAGAGCACGCGAACGAAACCACACUGAUCGAAAAAGACGCUAACAAGACUGCUGGAGCAGUGGGCGAAGGCCUAAAGGAGGACGUAAGAAACUUGGAUAAAUCCAAUAACGUGGAAAAACACACAACGUUGGUACAGGAAGCAAACCUAGACAAAGGCAUAGGAACAUCUGCUCCGCUAUCCGGAAGCGCAGCCAACAGCAACCUUUUAAGUUUACCAAACGAAAGUAAGGCCGAAGUGAUAAAUAACGCCGAGCUCCCGGAUGCCAAGCUUGAAGGUGACACGAGUUCUGGAAGUGGUCUCGCAAGGAGCUCCGUUAAUUCUAGUGAAAGUUCGUCCCUUUCUCAUGAUGCUUCGCAUAAAAACCCCAGUUCUAUUGAUAAAGCAAGCAAUACCGAUGCAGCACGAAAAUCCGCGACUGAGAAAGGUGAGCCCGAGAACUCCAAACUAAGCGACGUUCCAGAGAUUAGUCUGGCUGUGCACAGGCUUGAGAAAAAACAUGACGUUUCUUCCGAUGCCAGCUUUUUCUCUCACAAAUCACUGGAACGAGAUAGUGCAGGAAAAGACACGACAAACCAGACAAAAGUAUCUGACACCAAGAAUGAAAGUGAGAAUCGCGCAGGUACAGCCAACGCCAAUGCGGCUCACAACCAGACGCUCAACCAGACACUGGAAGAAGAGCUCUCCGCAUCUGCGAGAAGACACGUUGACAACAAGACAAGUGCAAUCAGUGAAACUGCGGUGAACUUGAAAGACCCGAAGCAGGUUUUUGGAAGCGGGCCACUGAUUGAAGUGAAAGGAAACAAAGGAGGGAGCGUCGAAAAACAAAUGGUGCAUGCCUACGAAACUGGAGAGUCAGUUGAGAACAUCAAAGGGAAAAACAGUCUAAUUGACGACCUAGUGGACCAGUACGGAUCUGGCGGUAGCGACUACGACUUCAAGUAUGGAAGGGAUACGAAGAGGAGGCACAAGCCGCGAUUCCGGGAUGACGACGAUGCACCCAAGGAAUACCCAAGCGUGAAGGACGGUGAUCCUAGGACCGGAGGCCUGUAUACGGGAAAUCAUGGGCGCAGACAUCCAGCCGAUGAAGAGAACGUGAGAAUCGCGCGGCACAAGAAGGUACACCGCCGGAAGCCAGAGAAUGACUACAACUACGAGAGCAUGGUACGCUGGAAGCUUCUUGAAGAACUUGACAGCAUCCUUGACCCCAAGAACUCUCCGGACGUCGAGACCCUGAACAAGCCUUCCGAGCCAGAAUUCAGACACGAAAAGGACGAUGACAUGGAUCAGUGGAAAAGGCGACUGGAAGCAUUGAAGGUGCAAGUUCAGGCGCAGUCUGGAGAACGCAUUGUGGGAGGAGCAGACGAUUCCUUCCGCGAUGCAGACGCAAUGCGAGACGGCGAGAUGUACUACCGCAAGUACCGAAGGCAGGGACCGCUUGCCUAUGGCCAAGGUUACGAAGGUGUGGAACGACCAAUCGUCAAAGAUCCGCUGAUUCAUCAGGCUAAGAAAAGGUUUUGGAUUGAACGCCAAGAAAGCGAUACCAACAAAUCUGCUCAUGGUACAGACCGCCAGGGUGCUAGCGACAUUCACUUGCGCCCUCUGCCAGAAGCACCGGGUCGCGAAGUGCCGGCGUCCGUAGAAGCUCCAGAGAAGCAUCCGCCUAAUGAGUCCAUCGGAGUUGUGAGAGAAGGUGCUCCGUACGCAGCAGGACAUCGUCUGAUCUCGCCUGACAGUCGCCCUUCCCAGAUAUCCGGGAUGGCCAGGAGGCUCAGCAACAGGAGGGCCGCUAGAGCGCGACGGCUGAGGGGCAGCCGAGGAUCAAGGAAGCUGCGCAAGAACCUCAAGGACACCGAAGGCCUGAAGAUCCUGAGAAACGACGACCUCCAGGGAGACGACGACGACGACGACGACGAUGAUGCGGAUGACGACGAUGAUGACGAUGAUGAGGACGACGAGAAAGAAGCAGCAGCUAUAAAAAAAUCCACCCUACCCGCCAUCAGCCCUAAGGGACAAGUCGGACGCGUCGACGCAGCUGAGAGGCCACUCAUGAGUUUCGGAGAAAGGGUGCACACCAUGGAGCCGACAAAACCGACGCCAAAGAAAGAAGUCAAGCCAGCAGGAAACCUAGUAGGCAGUGCUGAGUCACCAGACUGUGUUCCCGACACUCUGAGAGCGCACACAGACUACUGCCGAGGCAUCUAUACCAAGCACCAACUUUCUAUUGAAGAAGCUCGGAAGACUGCAUCAAAGAAAACUAUGGCCUGCUAUAAGCUGGAGUCCAUCAAGGGAUGCCUGUCAGCUGGAAGUUACUUUUCGAAAUGUGUCGGGUCGAAUAACAACGAGUUUCAAGAGUUGCAGGGCUCUGUCAUGAGCCAAAUGCGUGACCUGCGAUGUGGCACCUCCGUCGUUUCCGGCUCUACCAUGCUCCUGCUACUCGCGAUGUCCCUGAACUACCUGCUGCGCAGAGGAGACUGAGAAAGUUUACCCAGGGGGAGAUGUCUUGGUGAAGAACACCAACCUGAAUAAAAGCUCUUCAGGACACCACACACCAGAA